AGUCUAAAAGUCACAAGAUUCACGAAAUCGCUAAUAUUUCUCAUUUCAAUUCAUAGGAUUCAUGUUUCAUGUAGAUUGAUGGUAAUUGCAGUGCAGUGUUGAGAUUGUAUAACUUCGUAAUUAUUUUAGUAGUGAAUAUAAAUUAGACAUGUGCUUUUAUGGUAGUCUCUACAUAAGAAUGGGAUCAUUGCAUUUAUUUUUUUAACUUGAAUGGAGCCAGAAGGCAAAGUACAGAAAAGCAUUGAAUGAUGCAGUCCAUAUUCUGGACAGGCAGAGUGUUAUCACGUGCUAUAAGAAAUGGACUCUCGAGUCUCAAUAGUGCUGCUGAAUUAAACGUUUCGAAUAAAAAACAUCCGUAUUUAGUUUCAGUGGUUUGUGGUUUUCCUAAAGAUAUUGCUAAUGGAAGAACCCAUAAAGGCCAGUUCGGAGACGACGCAUGGUUCUCUUCACAAUUUAGUAAUGCUGAUGUCAUAGGAGUUGCAGAUGGAGUUGGUGGCUGGCGAGCAUAUGGCAUUGACCCAGGAGAGUUUUCUUCAUAUUUAAUGAGAACCUGCGAGAGACUGGUUCGAAUGGGUCACUUCAAAUUGUCAGAACCUGGGGACCUCUUAGCUAAAUCUUAUUAUGAACUAUUGGAACAUAAGAAACCAAUCUUAGGUAGUAGUACAGCAUGUGUGAUGAUCCUAGACCGUAACGAAAGUAUAAUGCGAGCGGCCAACAUCGGUGACAGUGGUUACAUGGUGGUGAGAGCUGGUCGGAUUGUACACCGCUCACAUGAACAGCAGCACUACUUUAAUACACCUUACCAGCUUAGCUUACCGCCACCUGGACAUGACAGGAAUGUCCUUAGUGAUAGGCCGGAGUCAGCGGAGACCUCAGAGUUCCGUGUGGAGUGCGGCGACGUGAUCCUGGUGGCGACGGACGGCGUGUUCGAUAACGUGCCGGAGCCGGUACUGCUGGCUGAGAUGAAGCGCGCGCAUGCUGCGGCGGGCGCGGGCGCGGCGGGUGAUGAAACCGAGGCACAGCGUCUGCAGGCCGUCGCCAACUCCAUCGCGUGGAUGGCCCGCAAUCUGUCCUUUGACGGCUGCUAUAUGUCGCCCUUCGCUAAGAGCGCAAGACAGAAUGGAAUAGACGCUAUCGGAGGAAAACCCGACGACAUAACGGUGCUACUCGCAAUCGUAGCGCUAUGAAAUUGUCCCGAAAUGCCGCGAUAUUCGUGCCCGGACAAGAUCACUUACGAAGAAUUAGUAAAAUUAUAAAACGACACCAAAAAAUUGCAUAUUUGGUUACUCAAUGAUAAAAUAUAGUUGUAAUUUUUAGGAUGUUAUACAAUUACGACAUUGAUGUUAAUUAGAGGUCAUCGAGGUGUGUCAGCCUAACACUAGUCGUUUGUGUGAAACUCGGGAUUGUGUUUGAAUCAUAAUGUCACUUUACAAUUUUUUAGGUUAUCUUUAAAAAAAAUCAACUCUUUUUUAAAUACACUUGUUAUUUGAUCCAAAAAA